AUGCGUGCUCAUCUGAUUAUACUUGUUACUGCUGGGUUGGUGUCUUUGGCUUUUGCCAUGGAUAUGGAUUCCCACUCGACUUCGGAUGGUAACUCGCCGAUUGAGCUGUCCCCAGAGAACCCAGGGGAAUCGCUAAUUCCUGUUCCUCACAGAAUUUCCCACCAUCACGGCGUGCCGAUUCUCGAGACCAGUCUAUCACCUGAGGAGAAACUAUACUGGGAGAAUUACACCACAGAAACCUAUUUCAACACACCUUCGUCACACCGCUCGGCAUUAUGGGUCCACAUUGCUCUGUACGUGAGCUCCUAUGUUUUUUUGUAUCCGAUUAUUUUAGUUUUUUGGAACAUCCAUCACUGGUUGUACUUGCCGGCAUUGACUGCUCAUACUGCGCUUAUCUUGCUUUCGGUUGUUAACUACUGGAUUUUUAAAGCCUCCAUCACAGAAUUGUUACCUCAUAAUGCUUUUGGACCCAUGACUUUCUUGCUCUUUUUGGGUGCAAUUAUCCACUGGUUUGUGGCGCUAUUGGCGGUCACUUACAAGUAUUUGAACAUCGAUGAUGAGUUUGGAUACGCAGAGUUGGACGCAGACCAUGACGAUGAUCAUAUUGUAUCACUCAAUUCGCCAGAGCUCACUUUGCGUGAAUCUAAUCUGCGUGAGGACUCGUUUGAACUCGAGGAUUUGGGUGAAACUGAUGGCCACUUGAAGACCUCCAACAGUCUGAUGCUCCAGCGGUCGCCAUCGAAAAUUUCUCAAUUCUUAUUGAAAUUCCCUGUCUUCAAGAAAGCUACGCAGGUGUUUGGAAAGACGGCACUUACGCUUGCUGGCCUCAUUAAUUGGGCUCUGUUUGCAUACUUUCUCGCCUAUCUUCCCACUGGAAUUGCUACCUACUGUGUGUACGGUCUUGACAACACAAUGUUCAACAUGCUUGCACACUUCAUCAAGGGUGGAGUCUUCUUCGUUUUGGGUAUGGUAACGCUCGCUCGCUAUUGUGGUGCUUUCCGCCGCAAGGGAUGGGCUUGGAAUCACCGCUUUGUCAACGCAAAAAAAGCAGUAACCCCAUGGAUUCGCUUGCAGUCUAAUGGGCUCUGGACCAUGGAGUUCGUGGAGUCUGCAUUGAUUUUAUUCUAUGGCUCUACAAAUGUUUUUUUGGAACAUUUGGCCGGCUCUGGCGGUCCCUGGACAGCCAAGGACUUGCAGCACGCUUCGAUUGCGUUCAUUUAUAUCGGAUGUGGGCUCUGCGGUGUCUUGGUAGAGCGCAAGUUGAGCUCGUGGAGAUAUCAGAGGGCCGUUGACAAUUUGUCGUAUGUUGCCGACUCUAAGACUACUUCUACAAUUGUCAAGGCCACUCCCGGUUUCUCGCCUAACCCAUUCCCUAUCUUGACUAUCUACUGGACCGGCAUCAUUAUGUCCAAGCAUGAGCAAGCCUCACCUUUGUCCACUGAAAUUCACAUUCAAUGGGGAAAUUUGUUUGUAAUCGCAUGUGCUUUCAGAUUGAUCACUUACCUUUACUGUGCAUUGGCACCUGCCAAUCUUCGUGCAUUAACGCAGCCGCUGAGCCCCAUGACUGAAUUGGUUGUCAGUUUCUGCUUGCUCUGUGGUGGCAUGAUAUUCAUGGAAUCCACUGACCCCGUCAUCCAUCUGUAUGAGUACUAUGGCUACACGUCGAUGUUCACGUUGAACGUGUCCGUUGGAAUUGUGGCACUCAUCAUGGCUUGGGAGUUGAGUGUUUUCGCUAUCAAGGAUGCCUUGGUGCGUCGGAUGGGUUCCCAAAAGAUUUAA